CAGUCUACAGUCUAGCAUUGGUCCCCGAGCAGUGUGCACCAUGGAUUACACACGACUGGCUAGCGGCGGACACAUGCCCAUGGUGGGAUACGGCACUUGGCAAGCGACAGAGGAGGAGCUGGAAGUGGCACUGGAGGCGGCGUUAGAGGCAGGCUACCGUCACAUAGACACCGCCGCUGCCUACGAGAACGAACAUGUGAUCGGACGAGUGCUGCAUCGCUGGCUGACCGAGGGCAAGGUGACCAGGGAACAACUCUUCAUUGUCACCAAGUUGCCGCCAGCAGGUAACCGUCCUGAAGGUGUUGACAAGUAUCUGACGUCUUCUCUGGAGGCUCUGCAGCUGGACUACGUGGAUCUCUACUUGGUCCACACUCCCUUCGCCUUUCAGGACGGUCUAGGACUGCACCCCACCGACAGAGACGGCAACAUCAUCCUGGACCCUACCACUGACCUACAGGCUGUUUGGAAGGCAAUGGAGGCAGAAAAACAAAAGGGGAGAGCAAAGGCUAUUGGGGUCUCAAACUUCAACAAGUCUCAACUGCAGAGGAUACUGAAGAUUGCUGCAGAGCCUUUAGAGAACCUGCAGAUAGAAGUGCAUGCCUUCCUACAACAGCAAGAACUAGUGGAGUUCUGCAAGGAACAUGACAUCUCCGUGUGUGCCUACUCUCCACUCGGCAGCCGUGGGAGUGCCAAGCUGUUUCAGGACCUCCACAUUAGCAAGGAGUUACCCGACCUGUUGUCUGAGCCAGUAGUAGUAGAGAUUGCAGAAAGACACAACAAGACAGCAGCCCAGGUCCUACUGAGGUACUCAGUGCAGCGAGGGAUUGCUGUCAUACCCAAGAGCAUCAACCCCAGCCGCAUACACAGCAACAUUCAGAUAUUUGAUUUCAAAUUGGAGCAAGAAGAUAUGUCAGCUCUGAAGAAGCUUGACAAAGGCGAAGCUGGAAGGAUCGUAGACUUUUCUUUUUUUAAAGGUUUGGCUGAUGGGCAUCCUGAGUUUCCAUUCAUGUUAUAAGUGAUUGAAACAUAAUUUAAGCUUUAGUAUCAUAAAAAAUAAAUUUAUUCAAAAAUUA